AGGUGACGGGGAACGGAAAUUCGUUUCCUUCCGUUUUCCUCACUAUUACCUUUAUAUCUUUCUGGGGUGUGAUCGUGCUUGUUGGUGCUUGGUGGUUUGAGGAACUGUGUAAGUUAGUUAACUAGUUGCUUGGCGGGAUUGGCACCACCGGCGGAACGACUGGAGAACAUACUGCGUAUUGAAUCUGUAGAGAUUACUCUGUAACCUCCAAGGAGUUCAACUCGAAGAUUUGAACAAAGGAUCCCGCAUUCUAGUGUGUCUACCUACAACAAGAGCCUAUAUCAGGUAGAUUUAUUCCAGAUAUAGAGGUUCAAUCAAUGUCGUGGUCAAUUAACUUAUCGGCGCAACCUCUGAGUUCAAAGUUAUACCCAUCCCAUCCAUGAUAAGGACCUGAGACGGCAACUAACUGGUAUAUACUAACUACAGAAAAGGUCAUAUCGCCGUGGACUAGCAGGACGAGAGCAUCAUCAAGCUAGCAGACGGUAUGCUAUCUCCUCAUCUGGAGGCAAUGGCACCUUGAGCGUCGUCAAUCUAAGCCGCCUUGACUUGACCAAUCGCUGGUCUAUAUUCAUUCUCCGGUUUUCCCGAGGUCUGAAAUUCGAAAGGCAGAAACAACCUGCAAAAAGUCUCUCGCCUCAACUCGAGUGAAUAGCCAAUGUUGGGUCUGCCAGCUGAACUCCCCAGACUCCCUCCCACAAUCCCUGAGAUUCAUUCUAUGCUCUCAUUCUUUUCUAAGCGUUUCAGUUUCAAUUCAUUUCUAUACCCGAGAUUGAAACUUAGAUUUUCUUGAGAGUCAUGUUCUGCCACAGGUAUCUAUCUCUCUAGCUACCAGGAGCAGUUGCGGAUGUAAGAUUUGAGCACGACAUGAUCUGAAUCAACUUCUGCAUUCUAGAACUGAACGGGGCCCGAGCUCCUGCAUCUACUUGAGCAGAAAGCUCCGGAUUCUUGAUCCUAACCCUGUCUCUUGCUCUCCCUUCAUGGCUUUGGCGGAGUACACCCCACUUUGAUAGGAUACCAGACAAUCCCGGGGGUAUUCUUGGGUGUGAUCGGUUACAAUCUGCUGAUAUAUCAUUGUGGCAAGGUGACGCCAGGUUGAACUCCGGAUCUCAUGCCUCAACGUUAAGACCAUACGGCCAAUGAGAGUCACUUUUGACUGAAUGGCUAUUCAUCUUACGUACAUAUAUACCGACCAUGCACAGGUAGUUUAUCUAGCUUGCUAUAUAUGCAUCCGGAGAAUAUUCUUAUGCGCGGUAUAUGCGUUUCGUCAUGGGUUAGAGCGUCGCUUACAGAAGAAUACUCAGUCUAAAAAUGAGGACUAGCUGUGGAUUUCAUUUUAAUUUCGGAGAUUAACUCUAGUAAUCGAUGCUGGAGAUAUGGACAAUACAAGGGGAAUAGGAGUAUAAAGCUGUGAAGACUCCCUCUUGCUUUUGAGCUUUUCUUUCUUUCUCUCAAGGCAAUAGUUAGAGAUUAAGAUUCGGACGAUCCAGCCUCAUCAAACGUGCGUUUUGAAUAUACAUACCUACACACAAGCCUCUCAAACCUCACAGCUAUAAAACAUUCAAGAUGAAACUAUCCCUUGUCGGCCUUGUUGCUCUUCUAGCAGCCACUUCAACCGCUACACCCGUUGCUUCACCUGUUGAAGCAUCCAUUGACGCCGCAGCUGCGGGCUGGCGCUGUGAUUUCCGUGGCGGCGGUGGCCACGAUACGCUCAGACGGACUCAUAGCCAGUUCAAUAGGAAAUUUGGGAACCCGAGACUCAGGAUGGCGGGAAGGCAGUGCUAUGUCGUGAAAUGCUACGAUCACUAUUUCGGAGUUUGCAACAGCGCCGCGUAUGGUCAAACAGAGAAAUCCGGGGUACGAAAUGUUGCAAAGAAUGCCAGCCCCGGAUCGGGCUCAGCUUGUAAAUUCAAUUCAGGCGUGGGUCUGAAUUAUGUUUUCGGCCAUGUCAGGCACCUUAACCUGGGCGGCGGAAAUGAUAUCAGACACUGUUAAAUUGAUAUCAGACUGAUCACUUACCCGCUUGAAAUUCUCGCAAUGAGCACACACAGUCUUUACCUAUACACCUGUCACUUUCUUUUAUCUGUUAUUUAUUUUCGGGGCAUGUCAAGUACCUUAACCUGGGCGGGGGAAAUGAUAUCGGAAAUUGUUAAAUUGAUAUCAGACUGAUCACUUAGCCGUUGAAAUUCUCGCAAAUGAACAAAACAAACACAGACUUUUACCUCUAUGAUUCCACCUGUUACUUUUAUCUCUUAUAUUUUUGUUGAGUGAUUGGAAAGGCUUUGACACCUUUUUUUACUCUUCAGUUUCAUUAUAGGGUUCACCCGUUCGAGUUUUUGACGUUGUCAGAACCUUUGUCGACGCCUACGCUAUGCUAUAUAUAUAAACCGACCGGCCCAGUGGACAUAUCGAGGGCGCGGGGACCUUCAGCUAUGACGGCAUGACGGAAAGAUGGAAAGAUGGAUCGUGUCAUGGGUAAGGAAACAAAAGUGAUGAAGACCUGCCAUGUUUUAAAUUUCUGUCCGUUGUAUAUUGUUUUAGACGUUAUGUGAGACGGACCUGUCGCCUGUGUGAAGACUCUUGUGUGGUUUCAAGAAUACAACCACCUAAGAGCUGCUCAACAUAUUUUUUUAGUGUAUUUAAAUAAGUGUCUGUGAGGCAGCAGAUAACUACAGCACGAAAGCGAAUAAAAAUUCUUCUUACGAUGAGCUUUCAACCAUAUUUUGAUUAAAUAACUCAGCAGUUAGAGAGUCUAUGAGAUUGAAACUGCGAUUAAAAUACUCAUAGAAUUGAGAUAUUUCUAAUGAAUCUAGCAGUGAGCUUUUUUAAAAAAGAAUUUUGAGUGAAUUUGUAAAGAAGCAAUUGAAAAUAUUAUUGAAUUGAGCAAAUUUCAUUCUAGAAAAAUAGAUAAUACAUUUUUAUUGAGAAAAAGACGUUGUAAUACACUCAGAAUAUGAUAUAUACACUUCUAUUAUAAUAUAAAACUCAUAUCUAUUAUGAUGUUGAAAAUAUUCAU